AUGCAUGCUAAAGUGGACAGUGUCGUUGAAAAGCUCUACACAGAAGUUACCAGCCGACCAGGCGGAGCAGGUGGCCCAGGCGGCAUGGGCCGGUCGCUGGCUACCAAGAAGACGGUCGAGUCAGCCGCUCUUCUGGCAUUGGAGAAACGGAUGAAGAACCAGGAGUCCUCAAUGCGCAAAGAGAUCACAGAUCGUGAAGUGAUUGUUGAACAGCUGAAGCGCGAGUUGGCAGAUCGCUGCAACUUAUUGGCCGAGUUGACAGAGUCUGAGCGCGCCAAAGAAGUUGAGUUGAAUCAGCUACGUGUUUUGGUGGCGCAUCUUUACGAACAGUUGGAUAACGGUUCAUCUACUGGCAGCCUUCACUCCGCUGGUGGGAGUCUUGAAGCGCAUGGUGGCUCUUCAGCUGGUGUGGCCUUUGAACAGCUAUCUCCAUCGGACGUAGCCAUUUCUACUUCUGGCGCCGGCGGUUACACCGAAUCGCCUCAUAGGCUUUUUAGCACCCCGGCACUCACUAGUGUAUUUCCAUUCUCUACUGGAACUUCGAAUAGAGGGGAUGCUUUGCUGACAACUGGAUUUGAAUCUGUGGUUGACUUCGUCACCAAGGGAAAGGGUCGUUCAAAGCUUAUCUGGACGCCUAAAUACGCCGUUCUGAGACCUUUUAUCCUGGCUUUCUACAACUCAAGGGAAGAAAGAGAACAGGGCGUUAUGCCUUUUGAGGAGAUACCUAUCUGCCAGGUGAGGCCAGAAGUCUUUCUCUUUCUUAAUUUCUACCUAUUUGGUCUCGUCUUAUUUGAACACUAG